UUUGCUGCGGUCUUCUCCGACGGUCGCGCGGUAGUCGGCAUCAGUCUCAGUCGCGUUAAGCUUCUGUGUCCGUACCAGCGGCGAUCCCUGACGCAGCGAGAGGAUGGUAGUCCGCGUGUUCGUCGCCUCAUGCUCGGGCUUCGUGGCGAUCAAGAAGAAGCAGCAGGAUGUGGUUAGAUUUCUGGAAGCCAACAAGAUAGAGUUCGAGGAGGUGGACAUUACCAUGUCAGAAGAACAGAGGGAGUGGAUGUACAAAAACAUUCCCCCUGAGAAGAAGCCUGCGCAGGGCAACCCUCUGCCACCUCAGAUAUUUAAUGGGGAUCGAUACUGUGGAGACUAUGAUGGUUUUUUUGAAUCGAAGGAAAGCAACACAGUCUUUUCAUUCCUAGGCUUGAAGCCACGGCCAGCGUCCAAGGCUGAACCUUAAAGGUAAAGAGUAGAAGGUGAUGGAGUUGCAUUUUGGAGCAUCCCCUGGUACUCAGCACACACCUGCUUACCUGAUGCAUCACUGUGACAAAGCCACACACAUAAUCAGUAACUUCGCCUGGCCUGGAGAAGGUGUCUUUGGAGGACAUGGGACUAAUGGGGACUGCAUGAUUGCUCUGAGCCGAUCAGGACUAUGGUGGUGGAUUCUCUUUAUUUUCUGAUUUGUCUGCAGUUGCCUCACUCACCUGAAAGUACUCUCCCCGGUGAUAGGUCAGCUUCCUUAAUGACUGACAGAUAAUUGGGCGGCACUGUCAGGGAGAAAACACUGGACCUGCCCUAUGUUUUAUUAGAAACCGGUCUUGCAGAAUCCCAUUCCUCUCUAAGCUGCCUGCAUCCCAUCUUUGAAACCAUUUUGCCAGGAUGGUAACGUCAUUGAAUCCGAAAGAAGAAAGCAAUGCUGGCUGACAGAGGACUCUGAGGGUUCUUGUUGUAGAGUCACGAAUGUCAAUGUCACUACUCUGGUACUUUGUAAUAAUGCCUGCUGGAAAAGUUAGAUGCAGUCAACUCUGUUCUUUGAUGGAAACCCUCACCCUCGUUAAUUCUCCAGGCUUCUCCAAGUGCUUCCAACACCACCACUGCAAUAUCAAAUGAUCAUAGCCAAGUUACAGGGCAGAAAAGAAUUGCUGUUUUGGCAAGUGUCUCCUUCUUUAUCUCUUGUAAGGGGAAAGUUUCACUAUUUGCAUAAGACUACUUGAGAGAUAUAUUUUAAGAAGUGCACCACUUACAUAUAGUAAGUGAAUAGAGUCUGCUCUGUCAGUAUGCAAAGGCGUUUUCAGCUCUUGUAGUUUGCUUACACACACAUGCACAUAUAUUUUUAAAUACAGCUCCCCAAAGUAACAGCUGCUCGUUCUAUUUUGUGAAGGUAUUAUAUUUUUGGAGAAAAGAAAUGCUUGGUUAGAUAUAUUUUAUGAACCAUUGACGCCAGUCCUGCUGGGGCUAGGACUCAGUGGUAGGACAUUUGCUCAGCACACACAGAUUCUGCAGUCAGCUCCAGGACACUGGAAAGGAAGAGACACCCAGAUUGCUGUCUACUGUGACUUCCCAUGUCACCUACCUUUGUCUCUACCCUCCUAGUUCAUACUUCACUUCACAGUCUUAGGCUUUUCAGAAUAACACAGACACACAUACUUGCUUGAUGUAGGAGCACAAGCGAGAUUUCAGAGCAGCACAGACAGGCAGGGGCUGUCUAGAGCAUGGUCCAGAAUGGUUCUUAGGCGAAGUCCCUGCUCCUUCUGGGUGAACACUGGUGAACACUGAAGUUCGAUUUCACCGGAGCAGAGAUUAUUUUCUGUAUCCUGGUAUAUCUAGAGUUAAUUUCACACAUAGGGAUCACCUUGAAUAGGAUAAAGGGCUGACUGAAAUCUCCACCUAGCCCUAGCAGCAUGGUGCUGGGCCUUUCGCUCUGAUUCUGAGAAGGAAAUAUUUGAGAAAUUGAAAGAUCAAACAAGCAGCCCUUUCUGUUACCUACCCCCAUACCAAGAUUUGCUAAAUGUGGGCUGUUCUGCAGUAUUUUUUAAAUGCUGAAGCUGAGAUCUUGUUGGAGUCCUGUUGCAUCAAGGAGAAAGGUAGACAGCUUUCUUUAAGAAUGGACCAAAUGAUUGCUGCACAAUUUCCUUUCCAAGGAAAGCUUGUCAGGUUAUAGUAUUAGUGGCUAGUUGGCAUUAAACAAGAUCCAAGCAAAAUUCCAUUUGAUAAAUCCCAGGGAGUUUCCAGAGUUUUAUGUUUUGUUUUCCCUCUCCAACUGGAUGUUGUGCGUGAAUUUGUGAGUCUUCUGACACGACACAUUUCUAUUUAAAAUAGAGUGAUUUUUUUAAAUUCUUUGUGAAAUCAACCCAGGUUACAUUGAUCCACUUACUUACAUUGAGUCUACUCUUGCCAGUGAGUGCCAAGAACCAGUUUGGCAAAGUGAAGUCUUAGCAUGUUUUACAUUGUAGGAGCAAUAACCUUACAAUGUUGAGGAGACAGAGAAAGCGACCACGAUGUGUCAUACAACUUUUUAAUUGUCCAUACCAUACCUACUAUGACUGUGUUAAGUGUUAAACACACUGGAUAGAUGGUCUUCUUAAAAUCGCUAUCACAGUUGCAUAUCGUUUCCUUGCCAUGAUUCUUCUGGGAGCACUGGGAAGUCAGCCAAGAAAAAUGAGAUGAGAGGUAGUGACUUGUUUUAGUGUCCAGAAGGCCAGUAUGGAGUCAACCACAGUUCCCAGACAACAGUGUGUGCAGAGCAUGCUGGGUCUCAUAUGAUUUCCAGUCUGCCUGUCUGACUGACUUCUCUCCUUUCCUUCUUUCUUUCCCUCUUUCUUUUUGUUGUUGUUUGAGAGAUUCUUGCUAUGUAGACCUAGACCUCACUUCUGCUUCUGCCUCCCAAGUGUUAGGAUCACUUACUUGCUGAAAUAGUUCUUCUGAUUCCCUUUAAUUAGCUUGCCUUUAGACUGGGUCACCACCAUCUUCAAAGCCUGGGAAAGAAAUGCAAGCAUGACUGUAAUGCCAGUGGCUCUCAAGGCAUAGUGUUGACUUCCUGUCGGCCUGUGGGACAAAGGGAUUGUGCUGCUGCUGACCAGACGGUGCCAUUUGAACAUUAGCUGAGCGUGAAAUACCAUACUGCUAGGUAUCUACAGACCAGAAGACAAUUUAGUUCAGGAAAUACUUUGCCAAAUUCUGGGGGUUUGUUAAAAUCAAAGAGAAAAAGGAAAUAUUUUGCCCUUAGAUGCUAAUAUUAUUUUAGGCUUUCUUUUCCUGCUUUAUAAAGUUAACCCAAUAUUUACAUUUUCAUAUUGUAUGAAUUUAACCAUCUGAAUAUGUUUUUCUUUUGUUAUUGAAAGGUACCAAAGGCUUUUUAUAUUUUGUUUGGUUUGUUUGAUUUUAUUGUGGGGUUUGGUUUUUUUAUAGAAAUAGCUUUUAUAUAGUCUUGUCCCCAAGUGUCUGGGUCUACUUCAGUCUGUGUAAAUGGGUUUUUUGUUUGUUUAUUUGUUUUGUUUUUUACCUCAGUUUGUUUGUGUUUGUCUCUCAAGGCAUUGGUGAAAUCUCUGAUUUUUUAUUCUGCAUUAAAGGAGAAUAAAUUCCAAAAAACAUGCAUUAUAAAACUGGAGUUGUUUGUUCCCAUUCUCUCUCCUUUUCCAGCUUUUAUUCUGGAGUUAGCUGGUUCCUUCCUGUUGUGCUAGGAAGCUGUGUUUCUACUCCCAUCCGUGAAAGGGUUAAACAGUUACAAGCACAGAGUUCCUGCAGUGACUCACUGGAGAGAAUGUGGUUUUGCCUGGGCACACUGGGAGGAGAACAGACCCCUCUCUGGCCACCCAGGACUAAGGUGGGGUUACUCAGCAGCUGGCCUAGGUGUAGCAUGUGCUCUCCCAGGCACACUGAACCACUAGCGGUUUGUCCUACACUGGUUGCAGAAACCAGUAGAGGUGGCCACAACUUCUCACUCUUGAGCUUCCUUAGCAGAAGAAAACAUUUCUGAAGCCAGAGGCUAAGGCUGAACUCACCAAGAAACAGCUGCAGAACUUAAACUCCAGGACAGAUGGAGGGUGGAGGAAGAGGUCAAAAGCAACCAAACUAUAAGCUGGCAAAAACAUGUCCGCUCAUGAAACCAAAUCAGCAGAGAGCCCUGCCUGUUUGUGACCCAGAUUCCAAGGGGAGGGCUUCCUAGUUCUAGACACACAGGCCACGUUAGCACACUGUCUUUCCUGCCAGCAUGAAUUAAGCCCUCACAAUGUGAUGGGUCCUGUCUGAGCAGCACAAUAGGAUGAGGCCAGCAAAUGAGGGUAGAGGGUACAGCCACAGUCAGUGGCAGGCCAGGUAAGUUGUCUGCAUUGGUAUAGCUCAUUGUCAGAAAGGUUAAUUUUUUUUUUCUUACUAAAACCAUCCUGACCUGUUAGAUCAUGCAAUGGACUAUCUGCAUAUAUACAUACAUUUCUACUGAAGUAUAAAGAGUAAUAAUAAUAACCCCGUAUGCCUCCUGCCUGCCUUACUGCCUUUCUCCCGAGGCACCCCAUGUGCCCUUUCCUGACCUUCUCUUUCUCCCUGUUGAAUAGAGAAAGCCUCACCCUGUAUUUGUGUGGAUCGAAAGCCUUCCUGCCCUUAAGCGUUUUUGUCUCCAUGUAUGUAUUCUUAAAGAAAAAUAAACAGAGUUAAACCAGA